CUCCUUGAAUCACACCCUAAACUUUUGCGAGCUCUAACUUGGACUUGCUAAGUAAGUGCUUAGCAAACACCAAAUAGUUAAGUACGGCGCCGCCUUUAACUUCAUCUUUCCUACAUAGCCUCCUCGUUUUUACCCUAAUGUCACUUGAAGAUCGAGCUGUCUCGUUGGGACAAAACCCACCUGGCAAACCUGGGGAUAUUAGAUUAGCAGAAUAUAAUCCUUUCAGUACUUGUCGCCAAGUCUCCGCCCCCACAGCAGCCAUCUGUACCCGCCACGUUUUCACUCUCCCCACCCUCUCCUUUGCGUUAGCUAGCCCUCUCCCCGCUCUUUUUCCAGGGCUUGUUUGGUUUAAGCCAAACGAUGCCUUCCUUUGUUCCCCUUUUUACCCUCUUAUCCUUCUCCAUACCACUAUUAUAAAUACGCAAAAUCCAGCACCCUCCCUCCCCCAACAAACUCGUACAAAAUCUUUCCCCAUCAAAACCAGUCCUUAUCAACACCUUUUCGUCCCCCCCUCCCUCUUUCCUAAUGGCCACGUCAUCAUCCUCCACCAUGGCCGGACCCGGGCCCGACGGCAGGAAGCAGCCACCGCAGCAGCCUCAAGCCCGGAAGCCGCCGGCCCAGGCCAGCUCGAGAAAAGGCUGCAUGCGAGGGAAAGGCGGGCCGGAGAACGCCCUGUGCAGCUACAAGGGCGUCCGUCAGAGGACAUGGGGCAAGUGGGUCGCCGAGAUCCGCGAGCCCAACCGCGGCGCCCGCCUCUGGCUCGGCACCUUCGACACCUCCCACGAGGCCGCCAUCGCCUACGACGCCGCGGCCCGCAAGCUCUACGGUCCCGAGGCCAAGCUCAACCUGCCCGAGCUGCUGUUGCAACAACAGCAACACCCUGUCAACAACGGCAGCAGCUCGGGCAGCUUCGGUCACGUCCUUGUUAGGGGUGUGGACCCUACACAGUCCCUGAAACCUGAACUCUGUUCAGCGGUUUCAUCAGGGACUGUCCCACCAUAUAUAUGUGGUGGUGGUGGUUCCCCUUCUCUGUCAUCUUCACCUUCUUUCUCCUCAUCGUCCUCCUCCUCGAACAACGUGCCCACCACCAUAGGCAACUUUGACCCGCCCUUUGAGGCGGCGGCGAUGGGAUACUCGAAUUCGAGCGGGGACACGAUGGUGGGGAGCGAGGGGAGCAAUGAUGGUUGUUAUUACGAUGUAGGGGGGAGCGAGUUCUGGUCGAAUUUGCAGGUGAACUUGCCGUUGUUCGACGAUUCGAUAUGGGAGGAGGCGGCGAUGUCGUUGGAUUUCCCGGUGGCGAUGCAAGAACCGGCGGGGGUGUUUGCCGGAGGGGUGAUGGAAGGGUGGGAUGCGGCGGCGGCCAGCACAACAACGACUCCAUGGUGCAUGUAAAUUGUAAAUGAAUUAAUUCGACCAUAUCAUGCACUUGGAACCAAUCAAAACAAAAGACAUCAUGAUCCAUUAAACAGGUUUAAUGAUUGUCUGAUUUUAUGGAAUAGUGUAUAAAUUUGUAUAUAUACCAGCAGAGAGUUUGCAAAUAAAUAGCAUAAAAAUAGGCAGAGCUAGUAGAAGUUGUAUGUACUGUACUGUACGAGGAAAGCCCACCAUCCUAUGAUUUGGUUUGGUGGCUAUUUCUUCUCAAUCUGUCCCUCUCUGUGUAUUCAGUGUAAAUAUCCUAUGAGACAUAGUCUAUAGUUGUUGUAAUGAUAAAAAUCACGUGUGCUU